AUGAUUCUUUUAGUUGGCUGCCAAACCGAUGUUUGCACGCGUUCCAGUGUGACUACAACAGAUUUUCCACCCACCUACAUACUUGCGAUCACAUCAACUACUGCAUCUGUCAGAUCUCAAACAUCAAGCAGCAGGUGA